CAGCCAACGCCACCGACGCAGGCAGCUUUCGCGCCGCCACCGGAUCUGCCACCCACGAGGACCCCGGCGCCUGGAUCCUCGGGCCAUUACAGGACGUGUGGCCCGUGACGCUGCGCCCCAAGGGGCUGGGGAGCCUGCGGGGCCUGGGCGGCGGCAGCUACCGCCUGUGCCUGGGCUCGGGGGCGCUGAGCCUGCUGCGGAAGCCCGGCAGCCGCGGCUCCCGCGCCGGCCUCGCCCCGCCGCCGCCCGCCCUGCGCCUGUCCCUGCUCAGCGUGCGGCGCUGCGGCCACGCCGACGCCUUCUUCUUCCUGGAGCUCGGCCGCUCGGCGCCCACCGGGCCGGGGGAGCUGUGGCUGCAGGCGCCCGACGCCGUGGUGGCCCGGAGCAUCCACGACACAGUCCUGGCCGCCAUGAAGAGACUGGGCGGCGGGGCCGAGCCUCUGCCCCGAGACGGCCCGGCCGGCUCGCCCGCGCCCCCCGCCCUCUCGCCCUAUGAGACCCCGGCCCCCGCCCCCCGGCCCAGAGGCCUGGGGGAGAAGGCACAGGCGACGCUCCGGUCCCUGGCGCGGCUGGUGCCGGCUGCCUCCCGCUCGGGCGCGCCGGGCCGGGCCGGGGCCGCCGCCGCCCCGGAGGACCCGGGCCCCGACGACUACGUGCACAUGGUGGGGAGCUGCGAGGGGGACGACUACGUGUGGAUGGCACGCCCGCGCGACGCCGGGCACGUGGGGGGCGCAGAGUACGUGCCCAUGAACCCCUUCCCACCGGCGCCCCCUGCGGGGAAGCGGGGGGCCGAGCCCCGGGGUCCCCGCCGCAGCACCGACAGCGCGAGACCCGGAGGACCCUGCGCUCCAUCUUGGACAAGGCUGGUGCGGGAGCGGGGGGUUGCGGGCGUCCAGCCCAAGGCCCAGCCGCCGACCCCCGACAGCUGCCUCAGCUACAUGGACCUGGACCUGGUCCCUCCCCUGGAGGUCCGCGGGGACGCCCCUAGGGCCCGCCCUCACGCCUAUGUGAGAAUCAAGUUCUAG